AUGGAUAAGUCCAUCACAUACAGCGUCGAUCCGACCGAGGACAUCAACGACGAUGGCGUCGUUCUUGAUGAGAAGACGGGAACGGUUGCGGACAGAAAUGCCAUGGCGCGUUUGGGUAAAGAGCAGCUCUUCAAGCGUAACUUUGGCUUCGUGUCUAUCUUCGGCUUUGCCCUCAUCAUCAUGAGUACAUGGGAGACAAUAUUGUCGACUCUGGCCUUUGGGCUGGGCAACGGCGGGCCUGGCGGGCUUAUCUGGACCUUCAUUGCAGCAUAUAUUGGGUUCAUCCUCAUCAGUGUUUCAAUGGCCGAAAUGGCUUCCAUGGCCCCUACCUCCGGCGGACAAUAUCACUGGGUGUCUGAAUUUGCUCCUCCAAGUGUCCAGAAAUUGCUGUCAUAUUUCAUCGGCUGGUUUGGUAUCCUCGGUUAUCAGAUUGGAACAACCAUCGGCGCAUUUGUCGCCGGCACUAUGAUCCAAGGCGUCAUCAUCUUGAACAAUCCUGACACAUACAGCCCUCAACGAUGGCAUGGAACCUUGAUCGCCAUGGCAAUCACCAUUUGCGUGGCCUUAUUCAACAUUUUUCUCGCGAACCACCUUCCACUGGUCGAGGGAAUUAUCCUAGUGCUCCAUAUUGCCGGGUUCGUGGCUAUAUUGGUGCCUCUCUGGGUUAUGGCUCCACGUACACCAAGCUCGGAAGUGUGGACGUCCUUCACAGAUGCCAAUAGCUGGGGGAGCAUUGGAGUCGCCUGUCUCGUCGGCAUGAUCACCAACGCCGGUGCAUUAGUUGGAGGUGAUGCCGCUGCGCAUAUGGCCGAGGAGCUGAAGAGUGCCUCGAAAAUCCUUCCAAGAGCCAUGAUCUGGACCAUAGCUGUCAAUGGGCUUCUCGGAUUCGUCAUGCUUGUCACAUUCCUCUAUACAUUGGGAAACCUGGAUGAUGACCUCGCAUCGCUGACGGGCUACCCUGUCAUUCAGGUGUUCGCCACGGCAACUGAAUCCAAUGGUGGUGCAGUUGGCCUAACGACAAUCCUCAUCAUCCUCAACGUGUGUGCCAACCUGACCACCAUGGCCGGCUCUUCUCGUCAGCUGUUCUCGUUUGCUCGUGACAAAGGGGUUCCUUUCCACCGCUGGGUGUCUCGGGUUCCACCUGGGUACGACGUUCCGGUCAACUCUAUCAUUGUAUCGGCCUUCUGCUCGUGCGUUUUCCACUGCAUCAACAUCGGCUCUUCAAUUGCCUUCAAUAUCAUCAUGUCCAUCGGGACUGUUGCGCUGAUUACGAGUUACAUGACCUCGAUCGGCAGCAUUACCUGGAGGCGGAUUCGUGGCCUACCUCUCCUUCCGUCCAAGUUUUCUCUCGGCAGAUUUGGCCUCGGGAUCAAUGUCGCCGCACUUUGUUUCUGCGCCGUGGUCUAUGUCUUCUCAUUUUUCCCUCCAGUGCCAAAUCCACCGCCAGCGGCAAUGAACUGGGCCUGUGCCGUAUAUGGAGGAGUCGUAUUGCUGGCUUUCACUUACUAUGUCAUCCGUGCAAGGCAUGUAUAUGUUGGACCUGUGGCUUAUGUCAAUAAGAACGCCUAA